AUGUUUGCAAGUUGGUCAGCGUCUCACCCCCAAAGCCGCGGCGGUAGCUGCGGCCGAGCCCCCACUUCGGCUAGCAAGGCGAUGAGAAUCCAGAUUUAUCAAGGCCAAAUGAUUGACGGGACGGGCGAUCCCCGAAGGAUCGAGGAUGCAUGGCAGUCAAUGAAUUCCCCGGAAAAGAUUGAUACUUCGACCAGGUUCUGCGAUCUGAAGGAUGCUGGUGCCGAAGGGGCUACCUGUGUGUAUGGUCAGUUCGCGUGGACAGCAGGGUGA